UUACUGCAAACUCCCUUCGAGCAGUACGUCUUUGUGAUAACUCGCACUAUGACCCAGGAAGAGGUGUCUCCAGAGAUCAUGCUCGCUUUCUAUAAGCGGCUCUAUCCCUACAAGUCUAUCUUCGGGUGGCUGAACCACGAACACGUCCCGACAAAACGCUUCACGCAUCGCGAAUGGGCCUUCACUCUGCCGCCAGACACCUACGUCCGGUACCAGUCUUUUGCAGAUGCUGACGACCUCAAGAAGCAAGUCUGUCAGUUGAAUCCGACGCGGUUUGAGAUAGGGCCCGUCUACAGUGCCAAGCCCCGAGACCGAAAGACCGUCCGCGCUGCCAACUUUACGCCCCAGCUCCGCGAGCUCGUCUUUGAUAUCGAUAUGACCGACUACGACGAGAUCCGUACAUGCUGCUCCGGCGCCGACAUCUGCAAACGCUGCUGGGCCUUCAUCGCCGCCGCCGUGGGCGUGCUAGAUCGCGCCGUACGUGACCAAUUUGGCUACAAGCACCUGCUUUGGGUCUAUUCUGGUCGGCGUGGUAUCCACUUGUGGAUCUCGGACAAGGAGGCGAUGGAUUUGACCGAUGAGCAACGGCGGGCACUAGUGGGCUGGCUGACGGUGAUACAAGGGGGGAAGGAAAUGCGUAAGAAGGUGAACGUGCGUCAGGGAACAAAGGCGCUUCCGCCGGGCAUCCAGAUGGCGCUGGAGCCCCUAAGACAUUUGUUUAACGAUCUCGUCCUCGAGGAUCAAGACUGCUUUGCCCAAGAAGAAGGCUGGGAGACACUCCUACAACUCAUUCCCGACUCCGGUGUUGUCGAACGGUUACGUGCCAAAUGGGAGGCCAAGCCCGGACUCUCGUCGGAAGCGAAGUGGGACGACCUCAAGAAAGAGGCAAGGGCAGAAAAAGGAAAGGGAAAAGAAGCCUUGGUAGCCGCAAUGGAAGACAUCGUACUGCAGUAUACCUACCCACGGCUCGAUGCUGAAGUCUCGAAGCAUCGCAACCAUUUGCUCAAGGCACCCUUCUGUGUGCACCCCAAGACAGGCCGGGUCUGCGUUCCCGUCGACCCCAGCGCGAUCGACAGCUUCAGGCCCGAGCGCGUGCCCACUGUGAGUCAGCUGCUGCGCGAGCUCGACGAGCUCGGGGCGAGCGCUGGAGGCGAUACUGCGGAACAUCACUCUGAUUGGCAGAAAACGUCGAUGAAGCCGUACGUUGAGAUGCUCGACAGGCACGUCGCUGCGCUCAUGGAAGAGGUGAGGCGCGCAAAGCGGGAGGCUGGUCCAGAUCGAACGUGGUGAAGCUUGAAAUACUCCUAUGGAGUUGUAUUUAUAUCACUGUUGUAGUGUUUUGUCAGCACGUUGUAUUCCUCGCUGUCUAGCUGUCCGGUCGGUCUUCCCACAUAUUGUAUCUGACGCAUUUGCAUUUGUACCAGUGCAUGUCCCGCUGCCCAGUGGUACAUAGACGGCUGCCUCGGACACCGGGUGAAUUGUCCACGC